AUGAGACUACUAUCGAGAUUUGUCGCAACAAGAUGCCUUAAACAAUACACAUUGACAAAAACUCAUCUAUGUCAAACGCGAUAUCAACAUUCCAACAGCCUUGAAGUUAGGCUUCCGGGAUCGAGUGACCUCGAUGAGGUGGAAAAACAAAAGGCUCUGGAUGAUUAUAAUGCUGGGGAUAUGCCGACAUCCGCGAAACAUGAUAGAGAUGUGAUAGACAAGUCUACCAAUGAUGCCAGGGACCUGAAACCGAAUAGUUCCACUGCCAAUAUCAACCAUUCCGUUCUUUCCAACAUCAAUUCCUCAUCAAAGACAUUAAAUCAAGAAGGUGUUUUACAACUGAUUACACAUGAUGAUUUAUUCACAACGAGCAACAAAGUCGACUUUCAGAGGCUAAGUCAAUUUAUCAAAGAGGCAUAUGAAAAAAGACCACACGAAAAGGAAUCUGAAAAGAAAGAUGAAGCCGUGGACAUUGAUUCAUUACUCUCAAACUACAAAAGUGAUGACCAGAGAGGGGGAUUUUUAAACGAGGCGGCACCUAGUUUUCAAAACAGAAUCACCGUACAAUCUUUGGACUUGGAUCUUCGCCAGAAGUUGUAUGAAAAGUGCGAGGCAGCUUUAAUACCGACUUUAGCAGUUAUUGGCAGGUUGCAAUCAUCUCCAGAAGUCUACCAGCUUUAUAAUAGCAUAUUGAAAAGAGUAGCAACUGAUCUAAAAAGUGCGAAGAAGGACCAAUCCUUGAAUGAUCGAUUUUAUUUGAGGGAUGUGUUUCUUGAAAGUAAUAUGAGUGGAUGGAGUGAACUUCAUGAAGAUGUUAUAGAGAGAGUUCGUGCAAAAAGUUCAGCCGAUCCACUUAAUAUUGAUUUCAACAUUAUAACUUUGCCAAUCAUAACCAACCAUGUAUUCAAAAAGCUUGGUUAUCAAUUGUUCAAUGGUCAAUUGGCAAUUUCAUUAUUCAACAAACUAAAGGUGGAUAUACAUUUGUACACAUUAUGUUGUAAUCAGCAAACAUACAAUGAAAUUUUGAGGACAAUUUGGGUGUAUAACGGAAACAUUGAUUUGUUUGAAUUUGAAAAAGUAUACACAGAAAUGAAAUUUUUAGGAUAUAGUGGUAAUUUCGUCACUUAUAACAUCCUCAAGACGGUUAUUGAUGAAUAUAAUGCAUUGCUGAAUGGUAAUUCGAUUUUCAACGAGUAUGGGUCAAAAGUGUUAACACGAGAUGAUAACGCAAGGAUCACUUUUCUCACGAAGGAAUUCCACAAAUUACAAACACGUCUCAACAAUCAAUUAAUGAAACAAGAUAAAAAUUUACUGAAGGACUUUCAAAUCUAG